AUGUUAGAAGUUUAUAAAUCACGUCCUACUGUGUUCACGUUAGAUGGUUUGACUAACGCUGUUAUAAAUUUUCCCUUGGAUUUACUAGAAACUCAGCCACUAUGGAAUUUGUCAGCAUAUGCAGCUGUGGCAAUGUACGUUCAGAAUAUAUUUCCAAUUAAAGAUAUCAAAUUAGUAUCUGAGACUUUACUCAGAAAUAGUGUUAAUAAUUAUUUAACGAUCAAGACGAAAGUUCCACAAGAACAGACCUUUGAACGCGACAGUCACCGACAAAAGAGGUAUAAAAUUAAUUUGCCAUCGACUUCGUUUGCUUCUUCAGAUAUUGAGGUAGAAUCAGACUCUGAGAUUCAAUCUGAUGAGGAUGAAAAUUACUCAGAUAAUCCGUCGAGUAACGAACUUAAACUACAAAUUGUUGUUGAAUCAGAAGAUGACGAUGAGUGUGAUAGGAUUGAACCAUCACAACAAUUACCAUCUGAUAAAUCUUCAACAAUAGCUUCACCAACAAGUAGAAUAUUAAAUUCUAGUGGAAUUACUCGUCCUAAUUCUGCUAUUAAUGUCAUUUCAUCAAUAGUGAUACCAUCAAAAGUUGAAUCUGUACCUUUAGUUGCAAUUUCACGUGACGUCGAAGUUCCAACUUCAAUUGGAGAUACGAUUCCAGUUGAAGUUUCAACUUCAAUUGGAGAUACAAUUCCAGUCGAAGUUGCAACUUCAAUUGGAGAUACAAUUCCAGUCGAAGUUUCAACUUCAAUUGAUAUGGCGACAUCAAUUGAAUGCAUCGGUAUAACUUCAAACGAAGUUAUAACUGCAGCUAUAACUUUGGCUGAAGUUAUACCUAUAAAUGAAUCUACAUCAAUUAUAAAAUCAACUUCAACUGAAAUUGUAGCUUCAAUUGAUAAUGAAAUUGUAACGUCAACUGGAGUUGUUACUCCAAUUGAAGUUGAAAUUUCGUCAACUGCAGUUGCAUCUCCAAUUGAAGUUGAAAUUUCCACUGAACAUUCUUCAAAUAAUACUUCAAAAAUAACAAAUCAACAAUUUACCGAAGGGUCAGAAGUUGAUAUGCUUUUGGAAGAAGCAAUAUCAACUGACAAUAUACCUGUAGUUGAAAAUUCAACUACAAUUAUAUCUUCAGUUGAAACUAAGGAUUCAAGAAAUAACAUAAAGUCAAAUGAAACUUCAAUACAAGUUACAAAUGUUAUAUCUGAAGGUACAACUUCAGCUGUUGAAGAAAUUGAGAGACCAGGUUCAUCAACUUCGUCACUUGGAAUAUCUAGAUUAGAAAUGAGAAGUGAAUUGGAAUCAUUAUCACAACAAAAAUCUGACAAGUAUAAAUACAAAAUUGGUGAUAUCAUUUUGGGUAAAGAAAAGGGUUAUACUUAUUGGCCGUGUAAAAUCUCCAUGGUAAAGGCACUUUCUUAUAAAGUCAAAUUUUAUGGCAGAGAUACCAAGGGUAAUGUUUCCACCACUUGGAGGUCCAUGGAAGAAGAUUUAGAUAUUUUGGAGGAUGCUCUCUAUCACCAAAUAAUGAUAUUAGAUGAGAAUAUAGAUAGUGCUCCAAGAGUUCCUGAGUCAGACGACAAGAAAAGAGGAAAAGUCAGUUCUAAAAGGCAUUGCUGUUUUUAUUGCAAUAAACCUGUGUUCAAAGUUUAUCGACACUACAUUGAUGUUCAUGGGAAAGAAAAAGAAGUGAGAGAACUAGCAAUUCUUCCACCUAAGUCACAACAAAGAAAAAUUUUGCCUGAUAAACUUCGUAAACAAGCAGAAUCAAACAACAAAUUGACGUUGGUGCAACCAUGGCGUCAUGAAGUGAUUCAUUGUACUUACGAAAAUCAAGUUCCAGAAGAUCCAGCCCGUUCUGAAGAUCUGCAUGAGCCUCCAAUGAAUACUCCAGAUAGAGUAUUCGAUCAUAAAUCAGGUCCUCAAUUUAUGGCCAUGGAAGAGGCGCUUUUGUUCAUCAUAGACGUCAGGAAACGUCACAAAAAUCUGGAGCAGGAGCUAAACAUGCAAAGACACACAUCUACGCUAAACAAUAAGAGAAGGAAUGUGACUGAAUCUGGUCAGACAGAUAGUUCACUACCAAGCACAUUACAAGGGAGCCAAGAUGAUCUCGAUUUAUCACAAGACAAUAAUGAUACACAAGAUAGACAAUUAGUAGAUGUCAACAGGGGAACCCAAACCCAAGUUAAACGGACUCCUAGUGGAAGUACUCAGUUUAGAAGAAGAAAAUCUGAUUUAGAAAGUAAAUUCAUAGGUUAUACUGAUUCCGAGAUCGAGCAACCAUCAUCAGUUACACAAAAUCAACCAAAAUAA